CUAUACAGUUCUUAUCAUGCUCGCUAUUCGAAGAGGCUAUCGCAUCGUUUCUCCUCUGCGGAGAUUCUUUGCUGAAAUACCCGCUGUAAAUAUUGUAGAAGAGGGAGCAAGCGCAGCUGCACCGGCCGCAGAGAAAGCUGUUGUGUCGACUGCAAAAGCGGCCGACUCCUCUAUGAAAAUGGUAGUUGAACAACCCAAGAUGCAGUCCAUGGCUCCGAAGGUGGCAAAGGAGCAACCCAAGAAAAAACGCUCGACGGUGAGACCUUUCCUUUAUGGAUGUGCCUUUGCAAUGGUUGCUGGUUAUUUCUUUGUGUACCAACAGAUUUGGAAUAGUGCACACCAAAUGGAGCAGGCUCUUGCCGAUAUCCGUGUGGACACCUAUGAGAGACUGGACCGCAUGAGCGAGCGUGUGUCAGAGCUGGAAUCAAAGAUAUAAAACGUAAGUCCUUGUAUUUU